GGGGAAUCUUUCUUCCUCUUAAGUGCCACAAGUGAACCCCACAAACGCCAUCUCUCUUUGGGACUGCUCCUUUUAAUGCACUUUCUUGUUUUUCCCCUCUCCUAACCCAAAAGAUUUUCUGUGUUUUCCUGUCAUUUCAUUUCUUUACCCCUUCCAUACCAUUCAUUCAUUUUCCAUCUCUUUGAGAACACUGUGUUUUGAGGCUCCCUUUUUCUGAACUUGUUGUUCAGUAGAGAGAAAUGCAAAGCAGCAGCGUUUCAGAAACAGAAGAGGGAAGCAUUAAGGCUGAAAGAAGAUCAGGAAUGGAAGCUCAGGUGGUUGAAGUGGACAUGGAGUUUUGGCCAUUGCAGCAUCCCACGGAACCUGAUGAUGAAGACCGCCCUGUCGUUUGCCCAAUGCCCAACUCUUCUUCCAUUCUUGACGAAGGAACCAUGCAUAACGGCAAGAGGGCACCAGAAAGCUGGAGGAAAAGAACAGAAGUGUCUAGAGAAGUUAAAGCAUCAGCCGAGACGGCGGUGAGGGUGGUGCGGAAGCGGCACCACCAUACGCUCAGCCGACCCGACCACCUGAUGGGAGGAAUGUCGCCGGUUCCUCUGCUGCCGACCACCCAGAACUUCACCAUCUUCCAAAUGCUUCAGCAGUUGGACAAAUUUGAGUCUUGACAAUGAAACAAAAAGGCACGGCAGCUAUAAGGUCAAAUUACCCAAGUGACAGAUAAUGCAAAUAUAUUUUGAUAUGUUUAGUGAUUAUUAUUUUAUAUACAUAGAUAUGGAUAUGGAUAUUUUGUGUUGAGAGAUAUGAUAUGGGUGUGAAUCAGAAGACAUAUUUUGUGUUUGGUUUUUGUGUAUUUGGUAAAGUUGAAACUGUGCCGUUGUGGACUCCAAUUGUUAAAGUGAAGUAUGGAGGGGUUUGGUAUAAAGGAAAAA